CGUUCGGAGCGGUCGAGUUUGAAAUUAACGGUCAGUUCGGCCUCGAGUCUCCGGUGUUCCCGCUCAGGGCGAUUAACGGCAGUAAGUGUCUCCGUAUCGCUGCUUUCAAGAAGAUCGAGGGGGCUGAGGAAGAACGAAUCCUUCCCCGCCUCCCGUCGCUCGGGCUCGGGAAUCAAUGUGGUCUCCGCCGCAGGACCCCGGGACACAGGAGCGGAGCUCGAACACGCAUUUACAGGACAAUAAAUAAACCCUUCGGCGCUCUCUGCUGCGGGCGACUCGGCUGUCCUGCGCUGGUCUCUUCUGAAUGGUGCCUGGGUGCGAUAGAGUAAAUAAGAAUCACAGCAGUAACAGAGACACAGGGAUUUCUGCUCUGUCGGGAGCCAAGCCUGCAGGAAGCGCGAACCGCCGCAUCAGACCCCGGAGGGGACGGAGAGAGGCAGCGGGGACCCAAACUUUAUGUCGCCCAGGAGCGUUCCCCGAGCCUGCGAGCCCAGGGGGGCUGGGAGGGAGAUUCUGUAGGAGACGGUAUCGGAGCCUCCAUGAAUGUCGCUCCUUUCCGCAGACUUUCUUCUCCACGUAUUGCCGGAUCCGCUGAGUAGGAGAGGGGGAGCGAGAGACAGUCGGUUUGGGAGUUUUGAUGCAUGUGAGCUGUAACACCAUGAUCUUUAUGAUUCUUGGGGCUUCUAUUGUUAUGGCAAUAGCGUGCUUAAUGGACAUGAAUGCACUACUGGACCGUUUUCACAAUUAUAUCUUACCGCAUUUAAGAGGGGAGGAUCGCGUCUGUCAUUGCAACUGUGGAAGGCACCACGUGCACUAUGUGAUUCCCUACGACGGGGACCAGUCCCUGGUCGACUCCUCGGAGAACUACUUUGUGAGCGACAGCGUGACGAAGCAGGAGAUGGACUUGAUGCUGGGGCUGCUGCUGGGCUUCUGCAUCAGCUGGCUGCUGGUGUGGCUGGACGGGGCUCUGCACUGCGCUGUGAGGGCCUGGAGGGCGAGCCGGCGCUACGACUCCUCCUCAUGGGCCUGGCUCCCGAAGUUCUGUAACCUGCGGGAUUUCCGCCGGCGGACACAGCUGCGCCAGUUUGAGGACUCCAGUGGGAACAUGGUGCACAUCAAGCAGAAGCUCUACCACAAUGGGCACCCCAGCCCCCGGCACCUCUGAGCCACAGGGACUCGAACUCCCCCUCCCCGCCCUGCCUCCAUCGCUCUCUCCGAUACCCCUGAGCGACGGAGGCAGAUUGUCCACUUUUUCCUUUACAGGAUUUGCAAGAGUCAUUUAUAUUUAAACACAGACCAGAAGCUGAAAAGGGAGGUAGAGUGGGUUUGUGGGUGGGUGGUGUUGCGGGAGGAACUGGGCUCAGGGCAGGGAGAGCAGUCAGGGUGCUGAGUGGGGCUCCGCUAUGGGGCAACGUCUAUGGAUAAUUUCUUCUGAGCUGCCCCAGGUGGUGAAAGACUGAGCAGAGCCGACAGGACACUGGGAGAAGGGACGAGCAGCAGCAGCUGAAGGGCAUGAAUGCAGAAGCAGACAGGGAUGGCCAGACAGACAGGGGUGGGGGGAAGCAUGCGAGACGGGGAGGGGGUCUGUUCACCUCACACGUGACCGCAGUCCCAGCACAUCUGUGACAAGAAUACCGUUCCUCCCAGAAAAGCCGAAACAGCGGGGAACAAGUAUAGAGUGAGCUGUGGUUAUUUUUUGUGUAACUGAUGUAACGGUACACUGAUUGUGACUUAAUUCAUUAAUUAAUUCAUUGGUUGACUUUAGAACCAGGGACUGGUGGCCGUUUGUGGAGUGCUUGUGUGUAAUUGUGUACAGAUGUGACCUUGCCUUCUCUGACCUUAAAUGUACCCUCUGAUCUAGUCAUGCCCUCUGACCUCACCGUACUCUCUUUGUGCCCUGUGCUGGGGUGAGGGGUCAGGGGAGGGUCUCGCUGUUUUGCCUCAGUUAACCCCCACCUGUCUGAAUUAGAUCAGCCCAGAACACACAACCCACAACCCCUCCCUCUCACUGUCAAGAAUCAGGGCAACACGGUCUGGUAUCUUCUCCACCUUGAGGGGGAUUUGCUCCCAAUUAAUCAUGGUUUACAGGUCUCUGAGUAAUUAUUCUUUAGGAGGAAGAUGCAAGUAAUCAGGUUUUUCUGUAGCUCUGCAUUACUCUUUAUCAUUUGGUUUUUGUUUAUAAUAACUAUACUGUCCGUCCCAGAUUGCUGGAAAGCACAAUUAAAUAAGCACGAAAGCCCCACCAA